AUGAUGGACGAAAAACUGUCAAUUGGGAAUGGUCGAGCUUUGCCGCCACAACUACCUCAUCCCUCCGACUAUGUUGUCGACUUCGAUGGACCUGAGGAUCCUACUCAUCCAUACAACUGGAAGCUCUCUGCUAAUCUCCUUUACCAGUGCCGUCUUUGCCCGGGAAUCGACUAUGCCAGCAAAGAAUUCGGCGUCUCCCCUGAAGUUGGAACUCUUGGUACAACACUGUACGUCCUUGGCUUCAGCUCCGGUCCGAUGAUCUGGGCCCCGGUCUCAGAGCUUCAAGGCCGGAAGUGGCCCCUUACUAUCGCCAUGCUGGGCGGUGGGAUCUUCACCAUCGGCAGUGCGGUUGCGAAAGAUAUCCAAACACUCAUUAUCUGUCGCUUCUUUGCUGGGAUGUGCGCUGCAAGUCAGCUCACUGUUGUGCCAGGGGUGUUAUCGGAUGUCUUCGAUAAUAGGUUCCGCGGAGUGGCGAUCACGCUGUACGCACUGACGGUUUUUGUUGGACCGUUUUGUGCGCCAUUCACGGGUGGAUUCAUCGCGACCAGUUAUCUUGGUUGGCGAUGGACUCUCUAUAUUCCUGCAAUUCUGAGCCUGGUCAAUGGAGCCUUCUCUCUUUUGUUCCUACGAGAGACGUAUGCGCCGGUCAUUCUUGUAGAUAAGGCUUUUCAUCUGCGCCGACAGACCGGGAAUUGGGGCAUCCAUGCCAAGCAAGAGAAGAUCGAGGUUGAAUUUCAAGAAAUGAUGGAGAAAUACUUCACUCGACCAUUGAGGAUGCUUGUCACGGAACCUAUCAUCCUAUGCGUGUCGAUGUACAUGUCAUUUAUCUACGGAAUCGUUUAUGCGCUGCUCGAAGCGUAUCCUUACGUCUUUGAGGAGAUCCAUGGCAUGACGCCAGGCAUCGGUGGUCUUCCAUUUAUUGGACUUAUUGUUGGCCAAAUUCUCGGUUGUGGCUUUAUGCUUUCGCAACAGGGGGCUUAUGUCAAAAGACUAGAUGAGAACAAAGGCGUGCCGGUGCCAGAAUGGCGUUUGAGGCCCACUCUUUUCGGAGCUCCUCUGUUUACGAUGGGUAUAUUUUGGUUUGGCUGGACUGGGUUUACUGAGAAGAUCCACUGGGCUGCGCCCUCAGUGGCUGGUGUAUUCAUCGGAUUCGGGGUUAUAUGUGUUUUCCUGCCGUGCUUCGCCUAUCUCAUCGACGCAUAUUUGCCACUAGCCGCAUCAGCGGUCGCAGCAAACAUCAUUCUCCGAUCGGCAGUCGCUGCAGGAUUCCCUCUCUUUGCCAAGCAAAUGUUCAAAAAUAUGGGGGUCCAAUGGGCUGGAACUCUGCUUGGGUGCCUGGCUGCAAUCAUGAUACCUAUUCCAUUCCUAUUUCGAUCUUACGGGCCAUUGCUUAGGAGGAGAAGCAAGCUCUUUCAAUAG